AUAUAUUUUGUUGUGCUAAGAAUCUUGAAUUACUAAAAAAAUGUGGCAGCCUGACUUUAGACUAUUAUACUUUAGUAUUUCUUUCAAAUCGUUGUUUACAUAGUAUUAUCAAUGUUUAGUGUUAUGUAUUCAGUACAUGUGUAGAUGCAAAAACGACUAAUCUUCUAAAUCCAUAAGCGCAUAAAAGAAAAAACCUUCGCAGACAACAGUCAGCUACCCCCUAUUCACCUUAUUACUUAACAGCUAGAUCCUCCGAACUCCCGGCUUUGUUGUUUGGGCCCAUGGGGCAGAUCGAGCAGCGCGUGACUGACAGCGCGCGCGGGGCGUUGUCCAAUAAGCGGUCUACCCGACGCCCUGUGGGUGAGUCUUCAAGCCCAUUGGUUAUAGCGAGUGUGGGAAAGAAUGCGGAGAAGGUUUCACAUAAACCGGGAGCUAACUAGACAGCUAUAAAUACCUCCUGCUUGUGGCCAAAUUAUAUCAGAUAUGCUUAAAUGGCACGUGCAUAUGUGAUAUAUCACUACAUUUAAGUGAUAUCAUCAAAUGGGACUUGGUGUUCCAUCGUCAGUGUCACCUGAUGCUAGUCUUUUUUUAAUGUUCAGGGCAUAGGCUAAAAACUGGAAAUCCCACAAAAGGAUAUAACUGUUUGUAUAUAAUUUUCUCAUUAAAACAAAGAAUACUGAAAAUGCCUGCAGACCUUUUGGAGAAAGUUGCAACGUCUCCAAUCGCCUGUGCCAGUGCCAAUGGGACAUACACACCAGACAAACUGAAAAAUGCCAGCGAGCACAGAAAGACGUCCAAACCCAUCAUGGAGAAACGUCGGAGAGCGAGAAUUAACGAAAGCCUAGGACAGCUCAAGACUCUUAUUCUUGACGCGCUUAAAAAAGAUAGUUCAAGGCACUCUAAACUGGAGAAAGCUGAUAUUUUAGAGAUGACAGUGAAGCACUUGCGGAACUUACAUCGUGUUCAAAUGACUGCGCUAACAGGUGAUGUAACAAUCCUAAGUAAAUAUAGGGCAGGAUUUAACGAAUGCAUGAACGAGGUGAGUCGUUUCUUGUCUACUUGCGACGGCGUAAACACGGAGGUGAAGUCCCGGCUUCUGAACCAUCUGUCAAGCUGUCUAGGACAGAUGAUCGCCAUGGGUUAUCCACAACCAGCCCCAGCUCAACAGACUCACCAAGUACAGCCAUUGAAUGUACAAUUACCUUCGACAUUGCCUGUUAGUGGUGUCUCAGUGUCGUGUAAACUGAGUCCCGCUGAAGCGAUUUCACCUAAAAUCUAUGGUGGCCUCCAACUCGUACCUGCAACUGACGGACAGUUCGCCUUCCUCAUUCACAAUUCAAACUUUGCAUCAGCUGCUACCUCUGUUAUUCCUGUCUACACCAAGACGAGUAUGCCAGUAACUGUAAACUACAGUCCAGAAUCCGUGGUUCCGUCGCCAGUCCAGGGUGUCACUUUGUUCGCCGGAGUUUCUCGGGCCAAUCCGGCCAGCCCAGGCGCGGAUGUGGAAAGCGGCGGCUCCGUUUGGCGACCCUGGUAAAUAUAGUGGAGGAAACGUAGUUUCCCAUGAAACGUCAUUUUUUCAGAUGAAGAUGAGAGUUCCGUUUUAAGGAGCAAGAUUUUUUUUCAACUGGACUAGACUUGAGCUAUCUUUUAUUUAUUUUUAAUUUGGAUGUGAAUAAUAAAUGUAAUGUUCGUUCUUUUUGAAAAUGGAAAAAUGGAAGAUAGCCUACUUGUCUAUUCUAUUAUGCUUUUCUUAAAGGUUUUGUACAACUUCGUCAGCUGUCACGUCAUCUUGCCAAAGCUCUGUUUUAUAUUGUUUGCCAUUUCGUGUUUAAAACGAAUGGGUCACCGGGAAUAAAAACUGGUAAAAAAUGAUAACUGAAAAACACUACUUUAUGUAUUUUAUUACUUUCCAGUAUUUCAAAAUGCAUGUACAUCCGCUACAUGAAUUAUAAAGACUAUUAUACGUUUGUAAUGGUACGUGCUAACGUAUGAAUUACAUUUUUUUGUGUUUAAGUACAAAAAGAGGUGACUAUCAAAGUAUGCCUACAGGCAUGCUCCCCCCGUGUCAUUGAGUGUCCUCCGGGUCCUACGCCGUCCCCCCACAGUCCAAACACAUGCUGAUUUUAAUUGAAAUUGCUAAAUUGCCCAUAGGUGUGCAUGUGUGUGUAAGUGAAUGGUGCGUGAGUGUGCCCUGCGAUGGGUUGGCGCCCCAUCCUGGGCUGAUUCCUGCUUAGCGCCCACAGGCUCCGGACCCCCCGCGACCCUGAACAAGCCGCUUUUACAGAGGGCGGAUGGGUGAUCGAAUUGUACUGAAACUUGUAUAGAGGUCAUUUUAAAGCUGAACCACCCUGCCUCUGUGAUUUAAAGUCAUCUCUGUAUAUGCAGCUGCAAAUGUAGUUCGGGGUUAAUGUCAUUCUACUCUGCAGAAGGAAGGUCCUUGCUGUGUUUUGUUUGAAACUUGGUCGGAUCCCGAAUACCUGAAUAGGAGGGAAAGUAAUGGUGGUAAAGCUACUUUUCUGAAAAUGACUCAAAUACAUGUAAGCAGUGUGUUUCCGUUGUUUUUUUACUUGAGGGGGCACAAGUAACUAAAUAAUUCAGGUAGGCUACAACUCGUGAACAGACCAUGAACCUAUAAAGUUCCUGCAUGAACCGUCAUGAGUGAUUAAUGAUGAACGAACAUGGAAUCAGUACGUAUCCUACACUUACAGUUACUCGUUAAUUAAUAAGUUAAACAUGUACUACAUUACAGUAUUGUAUAAGUUACCGAGAAAACGAAGUUCGUUUGGUGCUUCAUUUCUCAUAUCUCU